UCGUGAUAAGUUUGAGGCUAGGUCUUCAUUUUAGAGUUAGUUAAGUUACGAUAAAUUAAUUAUUUUGUAGAAACUAUGAUGUGUAUACCAAUAAUUUUAUCAGCUAAACUUAUGCGUACCUAAAUCACAUCUUCAGUCAUUACUUAAGGUCGUAUGUUUGUUUGUUUUGUUAUUUUAUCAAGAAAUCAAGCGCGUCCAAAAGUUGAAAAGUGAUCGGCAGGGAUGAUAUUUGUCGGUUUCAUUGACGCAGAACUAAAAAAUGGGAAUGAGGAUAAAAAAUCACAUCGUAAUGAAGGUAUUGGAUUAUAUAAAGGAGGCAGGUUGCAAAGAUGUCAGUCAUAAACACAUCUACGAAAAUCUCCGAGUUUUUCCAUGCAAUGAAUCAGAUAUCAAAGUUACUUUACAGGUGUCUCCCUUAUCAUGCAAAUUUGUGAAACCUUAUGAGCUUAGAAAUAUCAAAAAAGACAGUAUUAUUCAAGAUAUUUUCAGAGAGCCGAAAGGAAGCAAUGUUUCAUUUUUGGUCGAGAAGUCACAGUUUAUUUCUAGCUGCUUACAGGAGAUUCAAACUCUCAGUUUCCCGACAAUUCCUAAAGAGCGCAUUGUCAUUGAUUUCAGCUCGCCGAAUAUUGCAAAACCUUUCCACAUUGGGCAUUUUCGUUCAACCAUAAUCGGCAAUUUCAUAGCAAAUCUUUGCACUUUCUUGGGAAACGAUGUGACGCGGCUGAACUAUCUUGGAGACUGGGGUACCCAGUUUGGCCUCUUGAGAAUCGGGUUAAAAUUUUUAGAAAUCUCGGAGGAGCAGCUGAAAGAGAAUCCAGUUCAGAAGUUGUACGAUGCAUAUGUCAAAGGCAAUGCUCUGGCAGAUAAUAGUUUAGCAUUGUACCAAAAAGCAAAAGAGGAAUUCACCAGCUUGGAACGAGGCAGCAAUCCGGAAAUCAUGGCCUCGUGGGCAAUGUUUAAACAGUACACGAUAGAUGAUCUUGCCAAGACGUACAAGCGGUUGAAUGUGAACUUUGACCAAUACUCGUGGGAAUCAGACUACGCGGCUUUCAAGAUACAGCAUGUACUCAGUCGUCUCAUUCCCUUGGCCAGCGAAAGAGACAAUGGUCUUCAGGUAGUGGUAUUGGACAAUGGGAAAGAGGCUCCAAUACUCAAAAGUGAUGAUUCCACAUUGUACCUCACACGUGACAUAGCUGCAGCAAUAGAUCGCUAUGAGAAGUACAAUUUCUCUGCCAUGUUGUACGUAGUGGAUAGAAAUCAGGCAGAACAUUUUGGUUCAUUGUUCAAAAUUCUGGAAAAGCUUGACUACCCUUGGGCCAAAAAUCUGGUGCAUGUGCAGUUCGGUCGUGUCAGGAAAAUGAGCACCCGUAAAGGAGAAGUUGUCUUCUUGACAGAUAUUUUGGAUCAGGCAAAGGAACUUAUGAUCCAAAGACAGAAACAAACUUCCACAACCAAAGAUUUAUCUUUUUCAAAUUCUGAUGAUCUGGGGAUUUCAGCACUUAUUGUACAUGACCUGAAGCAUAAACGUAAUGCUGACUUCGAUUUCAAAUGGAGUGAAGUCUUAAAAGUUGAAGGAGAUGGUGGAUUGAAACUGCAAUACACGCAUUGUCGCUUGGUUAGUCUCAGAGAAAAAGUAGACCUCUCUCUGCCCUCACAGUGUGAUCCCUCAGUUCUAACCGAACCGGAAGCGGUGGCACUUGUAGCUCAAAUUGCUGCGUUUGAUGAUGCUAUCAUCAGGGCAUAUUAUAGUCUAGAAGCGAACGUUCUUGUGCAUUAUCUAUUUCAACUUAGUAAUUGCACCAAUAGAUGUCUGAAAGUUUUGCGGGUGAAAGAUGAGCCGCCAGAUAUUGCCUGCCAACGUCUGCUUCUGUUCCACACUGCCGAACUAGUCUUAAAACAAGGAAUGAAAUUACUGGGCCUCAAACCACUUGACUGCAUGUAAAUUAAGUUAUCUUAAGAAAACGGAAGGGUUGAAAUAAAUAGCUGUUUCGACCAUUC